GCCGGGCCGCCGCGCCCCCGACCAUGCUCGGCCGCUUGCGGGGCUCCGUGGCGCCCACGGCGGCCUGCCAGGACGCGGAGCGGCGGACGCGCUACGAGGCCCUGUUCCAGCAGCUGGACCACAACCGGGACGGCGUGGUGGACGUGGGCGAGCUGCAGGAGGGGCUGCGGAGCCUGGGCAUCCCCCUGGGCCGCGAGGCCGAGGAGAAAAUCUUUACUACUGGUGAUACCAACAAAGAUGGAAAGCUGGAUUUUGAAGAAUUUAUGAAGUACCUUAAAGACCAUGAGAAAAAAAUGAAAUUGGCAUUUAAGAGUUUGGACAAAAAUAAUGAUGGAAUAAUUGAGGCUUCCGAGAUUGUCCAGUCUCUCCAGAUACUAGGUCUAACUAUUUCUGAACAACAAGCAGAGUUGAUUCUUCAAAGUAUUGAUACUGAUGGGACAAUGACAAUAGACUGGAAUGAAUGGAGGGACUAUUUCUUACUAAAUCCUGCUACAGACAUUGAGGAAAUUAUCCGUUUCUGGAAACGUUCUACUGGUAUUGACAUAGGAGAUAGUUUAACUAUUCCGGAUGAAUUCACGGAAGAUGAAAAGAAGUCUGGACAGUGGUGGAGGCAACUUUUGGCAGGAGGUAUUGCUGGUGCUGUCUCUCGAACAAGCACUGCCCCUUUGGAUCGUCUGAAAGUCAUGAUGCAGGUCCAUGGUUCAAAAUCAGGCAAAAUGAACAUAUAUGGUGGCUUUCGACAGAUGGUGAAAGAAGGAGGUAUCCGCUCCCUUUGGAGAGGAAACGGUACAAAUGUCAUUAAAAUUGCUCCUGAGACAGCUAUUAAGUUCUGGGUGUAUGAACAGUAUAAGAAGUUGCUUACUGAGGAAGGACAAAAAGUAGGAACCUUUAAGAGAUUUGUUUCUGGUUCCCUGGCCGGAGCGACUGCACAGACUAUUAUUUAUCCUAUGGAGGUUGUGAAGACCAGGCUGGCUAUAGGCAAAACUAGGCAAUAUUCUGGAAUAUUUGAUUGUGCCAAGAAGAUUUUGAAACAUGAAGGCAUGGGAGCUUUUUACAAAGGCUAUGUCCCCAACUUACUAGGCAUCAUACCUUAUGCAGGCAUAGAUCUUGCUGUCUACGAGCUCUUGAAGGCCCAUUGGCUGGAUAAUUAUGCCAAAGACUCUGUAAACCCUGGAGUCAUGGUCUUGCUGGGAUGUGGUGCCUUAUCCAGCACCUGUGGUCAGCUGGCUAGCUACCCCUUGGCUUUGGUGAGAACACGCAUGCAGGCUCAAGCCAUGAUAGAAGGAAACAAACCAAUGAACAUGGUUGGCCUCUUUCAACAAAUAAUUUCCAAAGAAGGAAUACCAGGUCUUUACAGAGGCAUCACUCCAAACUUCAUGAAGGUUCUCCCUGCUGUGGGCAUCAGUUAUGUGGCUUAUGAAAAAAUGAAGCAAACUUUAGGAGUAACCCAGAAAUGACAUGUUGAAUUUUUUGCUUUAGCAUGAUUAUUGAAAUUUUCAACAACUCUGGAAUGACUUUUUCUCUUAGAAUUACAAAUCUAUGGCAAAAGAAGUCAUAUACUUCUCACACGCAAAAAGGAAGAGCGUAUCAAUGAUUACUUCAAACAUUUGGGCUCAAUUUUAUAUAUACAGAAAUGUCAAAAAUCAUAGUUUUGAUAAGCUCAUACAAUUUUGAAAAGGCCAUAAAAAUUGUAUUUUAUCUUUUCUAGAUAGUACCUUUCUACAAAUCUGCCCUGAGUCCUAAAUCUGAAAAAUGUAUUGCUCAAAUUAAAUUUGUUUUGUGUGGUAAUUAUAAAUCAUUAAUCUUUAUUUUGGGUGGUUCAAGUGUAUGCCAGUUCCUUAAUACUUCAAUGUCUUUUUCUAAAAAACAAAAUGAUCAGAAAAACUUGAAACUUGAGUUGUUUUACAUAUUUUUUGAGUGUCUUUAUAGACUUCCUAUCUUACAGCAACCAAAUAAGUAGAAGGCUUGUAUCCUUAUCUUCCUUAAAGCUGAAUGAGAAUGAACUUAAGUGCCAAAAUUCCAGCCAUGCAAAUACUCUAGUCCAUUUAUAUUUUUAAGGAGGAGUGAUGAGAUGAUAUUUCAGUCUACCCUUUACCAUUUUCCUUGCCCUGUUUUUGGUUCCUGGAAUGGAAGGCAACCUAUUUGAAAGAUCCUACUUAUUCUGUCUUUGCUUUGAAAAGCACCAGGAAACAAAACCCUUCUACUUCUAUCAGCUUCUUCAGAGCUUCUUUACUUUGUCCUUUGUUUCCUCCUUGAAUCAGAUUCUGUUCUAAUCAGGAAGGCUCCUAGGGAGCAUACUUGGUAAUCUGACAUUUCUUAAUUACAUGAAGUAGGUUGAUCAUGGGUGGAUGACAUUUUCAUUGCCCCCCACUGUUGAAUUUGUUUGAACCUGCAGUUCUCAAUUUGGGCAGUACACACCUAGGAGGUUAGUGCAUUUCAAUAGUAGUAUGUGUUGAUAUUAUGUAUUAGGUACCUACGUUCAAAUGAAAGGCCCAAGUUAUAAACCUAUACUUAUAUGCUCAUGAACAUGUUCAUGGUCUCCCUUGCUCCAAGUUUUGGGAACAUGCUAUGAUAUAAGAAAUUUAUAAUAUUGAUAGCAUAUUUUUAUUUUACUAAAACAUUUUUGUAGUCAACCAUCUUGUUUUGAUUUGUGUAAUUAGGGCUUAGAUGUUUAUUAGUUGAAGUUAUUCUGUAGCUUUUUAAUUUAGUUCCCAAACAUAUGUUUGAUUUCUAGUGAUUUCUGUUAUAAAUUGCCAACAUUUUAGUGCAAGUCCAGUGACAUGAUGGGCACACUUUAUUUGAACCUACCUCUUACAUUUUCUGAACCAAAGAGAAAUGUUGGAGCUGUGUUUGUGAAACAUAUUCUAAAAUACAGGUUUCAUACAUUAGUUAUGCCUGAUAAAUGUCUUGGUAUUUAUACCUGUGAUAAACAUGAGACUCCACUAUUUCUUCAUGGUUGUUUAUAUUUUUGAGUAAUACAGAAAUGACAAUAUUAAGGUACAUGAUUAGCUUUUUCUUUUUCUACUCAUAAGAAUUAUGGAGUUAAUGACCAGAAUUUCGAGCUACUGAAAAACAGUCAUUGUUCAUUAUGAAUUUAAGUUGUCUGCUAUUUAGUAUUAUAAGGUGUGAAUGUGAUUUAUCUGUGCAUCUUGUACCUUUGAAAUAAUCUUGUGUCUUUUGAAAAGAGCCCAGAGUUGAAGAUGUUUAUUUCCAGUGUUACUAUAUAUGUACUUUCCAUUUAUAUUAAAAAAAAAAAAAAGCUAUAUACUUGUUUUAAAAA